AUGGAGACGCGACUUCACCAAAUUGUGCUUGAGGAGCAGCAAAAAAUGAUCCAAUUGGGUUUUGUAGAGACGUGUAUCCCGUCCUCGGACAGCCCUACGCGCUGCAGCAUCUUUAUGAGUGCGAACUGGCACAUUUGCCGUCGUUUAUUGCUCGUAAUUGUGAGUGGUAACGGAAUUCAACCGGGUAUUUGGAGCCGCUCGCUUGUCCUGGAGGCCGCAGAAAAUCCUAAUCAAUAUAGAUCGGGCUCGAUGCUCCCGUAUCUACAUACAGCAUUGUCCAAGGGCUACGGUGUUAUCGUUAUGAAUCCAAGCACUAAUACGGUCACUAACGGAAACGAGAAGAUUUCAAUUCCAUUCUCGAGUACACCAGAGGUGCACGUUCGUCAUGUGUGGGAGACGUAUGGAGUUCGAACUUCUUGCUCGCAAGUGUACAUUGCUGCUUACGGACGUGGAGGAUCAUUGACGAAACAUUUGGUGUGCACACAACCAUUGCUGAGAUCGAAGCUUGCGGCAAUUGCAUUUAUGGAGUCGAGUCAUCGGAUUGAAACGGAUGAUACACAGGAAGUAAGAGGAUUGUUAGAGACGAGGGCGAUUAACUGGCAAAGAUCGAAGGAAAUUACUGGAACGCAGCUACAGGAUUGCACACAACUGGGAUGUUUGAGUCUCUCGGCGGGAGAACCAACGUCACCAGCUGAACAAAAAUCUUCGAACACAGCCUGGACUAUUGCGGCGAGUAUGGACACCGUGUUUGCGUUUUUUGACAGUGCACGAGGCUCGAUGCCGAACGAACCCGCGGAAGAUGAACUCAUGGAUGAAAUGAGUCGGUUGUCGCAGUAUGCAUAUGCCGGCGCGGCUGCCUUGUUGUCGGCGCCGCAUCAACAGGAGCAUUUGGAUGACGCAGAGUUUCAUGAUGAAGACGAAACGAAAUCAGGGAACCAUCUGGAACGUCGUACCAGUAGUGCGCGCAGCUCAAGACGCAGCAUGGUCAUCUCAACUUCCAUGAGCGUGAACGACUUUGACUUGUUGUCGGUGGUUGGAAAAGGCGCUUACGGUAAAGUGUUUCUGGCAAAGAAGAAGCAAGGUAAAAAUGCUGGUCGUGUGUAUGCAAUGAAAGUGCUGCGCAAGCAAGACGUUUUUAAGAAAAAGCAGGUUGAACACACAAAGUCGGAACAGCGCAUUCUUAAGCAUGUGGAGCAUCCGUUCGUGGUGCGGCUGCGGUAUGCUUUUCAGAACCACCAGAAGCUGUAUCUAGUGAUGGACUAUUACUCUGGCGGAUCGCUAUUCGUGCAUCUGCGGAAGGAAAAGCGCUUUUCAGAGCAACGGGCUUGCUUUUACGCGGCAGAGCUGGUGCUGUCGUUGGCGCAUUUACACAGCAUGCACAUCAUGUACCGUGAUCUCAAACUGGAAAACAUUCUCGUGGACAGCGAAGGGCAUAUUGCCAUCACAGAUUUUGGCCUGUCUAAGGAAGAUGAUGAAGGAUCUACGUUUGUCGGUACCCCCGAGUACUUGGCGCCAGAGUUGCUUUGCAGCCAGCGGACAUCCACAUCAUACGGCAAUACGGUCGACUGGUGGAGCUACGGUGUACUUGUAUACGAGAUGAUUCAAGGACAUACACCGUUCUGGGACAAAAAUCGCCGUCAAAUGUUCCAGAACAUUCUAAGCAAGGAUCCGUUGUAUCCUCCUGAGCACUUCUCGCCCACGGCUACCGAUUUUCUGCAGCGAUUAUUGGUUAAGAAUCCACAGCAGCGGAUGGGUUGUGGAGCUGACGGCGCGCUGGAGAUUAUGGGGCACUUGUGGUUCAAGGGUGUCGAUUGGGAAGCACUUCUUGAACGCCGAAUGGAGCCACCUUUCAAGCCGGUGUCAAAAGACUCGCAAGGCAGCCGUGCACGUACUAGCAGCGCUGCGCUCAUUGCUAACUUGCAGUAUGUACCGAAUGUCUUUAAACAGCAGGACGUAGCGGAUUCGCCUGUGGUGAGUGUGCUGAGCUCAUCUACCGGAUCUGGCAUCACGGCGAUGCACUUCGAUGACUUUAGUUAUAUGGGCAGCGAUAUCAUUGGCUCUCGGCGCACGUCACUUUUCCGUGACAGCGACAUUAAGAUGGAACUUGGCGAGUAG